GCUCUUUUUGAUUGCACGCCCAAGCCUCCAGAAGCGCCUUGGAUUAAUAUAAGAACCACUGCCCACCGAUCACUUACCAUUUGGCUACGACACUGUCAUCCUCCUAUCCACUCACUUAUUCAUUCUCUUCACCGCUGUCUUUCAUUCAUCAUGCGUUUCUCUAUCCUCGGGCUGGCCUCAACUGCUCUUGCAGCUCGUCCUUUCCUAAACGAGCCUGACACUGGACUGGAUGACAUUGCCGGUUCCACUGCCAAUGGCACACUACCCCCACUCGACAGCAUGGUAGGCCUGCCAGACUUCGACUGGGCAGCUCGUCGCAAGCUCAAUGCCUCUUCAUAUACGUAUUACCGUAACGGUGCAGCUGGAGAAUGGUCUUACCGUAACAACCUUGAAGUGUUCCAACGCUUCCGUUUACGGCCUCGUGUUAUGGUCGACAUCCUCAAGAUCGAAGAGUCACUGCCCACCACUAUCCUGGGCCACCAGUUCUCUGCUCCUUUCUUCAUCGCCCCAUGCGCUCGUGCCGGCUAUGCGCAUGAAGAUGGAGAGCUCAACUUUGUUAAGGGUGCUGGUGAGGAGGACAUCCUCUACAUGCCAUCUCUCUUCUCGUCAAAGUCAUUCGACGACAUCUACGCCGCCAGGGUUUCCGGAAACUCGACCUCCGGCAACUCCAGCACCCAGGCUCUUUUCCAGCAGGUCUACCUCACCGACGACAUGAACGAGACCCGCGAGCUCUUCCAGAAGAUUGAGAAGGCCGGCUCCAAGGCUAUCAUUCUUACUGUCGAUUCCGCUGCUGACGGAAACCGUCACCGCGCUGCUCGCUUUGGCGUCGGUUCCGCGGAUUCCUCGUACAGUCUUUUGACAUGGGACAUGUACCACCAGCUCAGCAACAUGACUUCUCUCCCCAUCAUCCCCAAGGGAAUUCAGACUGUUGACGAUGCUCGUCUCGCUGUUAAGAACGGAGCCAAGGCUAUCUACCUCUCCAACCACGGAGGUCGUCAACUCGACACCACUCCUUCCUCCCUCGAGGUUGCUCUGGAAAUCUACGAGGAGGAUCCUGAAAUCUUCAAGCAGGUCGAGGUCUUUGCUGACGGCGGCGUGCGAUAUGGCGCUGAUGUGUUGAAGCUCCUCGCUCUGGGCGUGAAGGCUGUCGGUGUCGGAAGACCUUUCAUGUACAGCAACGCUUACGGUGUUGAUGGUGUCAAGAAGGUCAUUAAGAUGUUGAAGCACGAAGUUGCCAUCGAUGCUGCGAACCUUGGUGUUGCGGAUCUGAAAGAAAUCGGUCCGCAAUACGUCAACUGGAAGAGUGUCAAUGCUUGGUUCAGUUAG